GACUAGCGCAGAUCAGGAGAGCCCCCCAAGUUCCAGCCUUGGGGUUUGGUCUGGUAAGCAGGAGCGCUUGGGGGAGUGGGAACCACCCGUCUUCUUCGUGCCUCAUGGUCCUGCUCCUUGUCCCCAGCUGAGUAGCCUGUGGCCGCUGGGGAUGGUAACGGGCAUCCCCCUUGCGAACCCCAAGGAGCUGCUGGCAGCCCAGGGAGAGGCCGACCACACCUACGAGAGCAGCUCCCACACCCUCAUGGCCAAAACCCAGCGGGGCUUUCCUGGGGUAGGGGAGCAAGAGAGCCCCGACGCACCCACAUCAGCUCUCUUGCUCAGACCUGUCCUGCCCCCAUCCCCCAUUCUCCAGCCUCCUGUGGAGGGGCCACCUUGUGACUGUGCGGCAGCUGAAGUCCCCUGGAACCCAGCUUGUUGUGCUACUGGCUGACCUUCAGCACUGCAGGUGCAAACCACCUAACCCGAAACGUGGUGGAUGGUCUGUGCCCAGGAGCAGCUCCUACCCUGUGUGGCUGGGUCCUACUCGUCCCUGUCCAGCAGCCAUCGGCUCACCAGGCCCCUUGGGGUCCGCAGGCCACAGCAGGGCUACCCGUGGGGAGGCCCAGGCCCAGGGCUUCCGCCACCCCCUGAACUGUACCCGUGGCUGCCACUUGAGCUGAUCUGCAGUGACAUUCCCACCACCACCUCGGACCUCUACAGCUUCUGCACCCUGGCCCAGGAAGUCUUCACUGGAGAGCUGCCCUGGGCUGGUAGAGGGGGACCCAAGGUGAAGGCCAAGCUGGAGGCAGGGGAGAGCCCGGCCCUGGACCCCUGGGUGCCGGCGCCCUACCAGGCCCUGGUUCGAGCUGGGCUAGGCCUAGCGCCUGCUGACCGCUGGGGCAGCCUGCAGAGUACUCAAUACCUACUGCGGGAGGCCACAGCCCAGGACAUGGCUCCUGAGGUGGGCUCCCCGAUGGAGUGGACCACGCUGUCCCCUGCAUCCCAGGCUUCCCCACCAGAGAAACUGUACGGUGAAAUGGCUCAGAGCCAAGAGCACACGCAGGCCUGUGCCCACUGUGAUGUCUCCAGGCCCCAUCCCAUCCCAGGCCCCGGAGACUCCUGAGGUCACAGGCCACAGCAGGGUCCCAAGGGGCAUAGCUUGGAACUCGGGCAGCAGUUUGACUCUAGGCAGCAGCCCCAGGCCUGGCCACAGCCUCAGAGCCCCACAGCCCCACAGUCAGGGCCUGCCUGCAGUGCUGCGUAGAGCCCGGCUCAACGCCUCCAGGACUCAGCCUCCCUGCUGGGGACCCCGAGCUCUGCGGAGCAGUUUGAGGAAGCUCUCAGCCAAGACUCCAGCCCUGCAGGGGCUGCUGCGGCACACACACAGGGUUACCCUGCUGGACCCCCAGCCCUACACCCAGUGCUGAGCUGACCGGAGGCGGUCUUUUCCCCAGCCUGCAGAAGAUGGACCUGUUGGAGGAGAUCAUGGCAGAGCUGCAAAAAGGAUGUCAGCUCGGAGAAAAGCCCAGCCUGAGCCCCACUGCUGACCCAGACUCCCAGGGUACCCAUGGUUCCCUCUCUGAGACAUCGCCUCUCAGAGCUUCCAGGAUAACUCCCACCUUGGCGCCUCCUCAAAAGUAAGUAGAAUGAUAGAGCACCUCCUCCAUCUCUCUUCGCUCACUGAGUUUGGCCCCAGCCCAACACCAACAGCCACAUUU